AUCGCAUUAAACUUGCAGACGAAAUUGAUUUCGUUUUUACCAACUUGCCACUUUCCACCGUAGUUUACAGCUCGUGAUUUUCCACUCGCACAAAGAGAAAUGUCACACGAUGGCACUCGAAACUUUUUUUUCUUAUUUAUUUAGGUAUGGAAAUGGUACCGAGAAACACCUUUUUCGCUUCGAUUUCAUUUGAUUUGUGCCAUUUCACGAAAAUAGGCAACGUCGUCUGUACUUUGUUUUCUUCUUUUGUCGUUCAAGUUUUUGGGGUAAAUUCGUCUGCUCAAAUUGACGACGUCGAGUUGGGUGAUGACGUUUAUUCAUUCUCUCUGCUGCUGCUGUUACAAUUUCCGCUCCCGUCGACCAGCUGCGUGUGUCUACAUUAAUCAGCGUGUCGAGCUUUGACGUCAGACUUGAUCAAACUGUUACACUUGUUACUCUCAGCUCUCUAUCUGAGCUCCAAAAGUGCGUCUACACCAGUUCGAUACAGGUGACGUUUAGUGCCCAGAUCGCACUGGCCGGCCUUCAUUUCCGGGACUCAUCACGACGGGAAACUUUUGUCACCGAUAAAAGUCUAGGUCAAAUCCGGCUGGGAAAAACUGGUACAAAAUUGCCAAAUGAAUAUUUUUCGAAAAAUGAAAUUUUGAACGAAAAUCACAACACCAAGUCUGGCAACGUCGUAACAAUUUACUCUCUAAUAUCAUUUGAAAAUGGCGGCCGCCACAGAGAUCAGUGACGAAGAUGCCGCUGUUUUGCAGUUCCCAAAAGAAAUGUCGACUGAUGAACCAUGUGGAAAUGUGUGGCCGGCGACAGAUUGUUCCCAGACUCGAGUGUGUUUCAUUUGUCAGACCCCUCUGACUGGAAUUUACAUCAGGUGCGAGGAGUGUGUCAGAGUGGACUUGUGCCCAACGUGCUUUGCCAAGGGAAAGGAAAGCAAUCACCAUUUGAACAAUCACAGCUACAGGGUCAUACGAGAUGAUUUCUACCUCUUUGACAACUGGACUGCUAGUGAAGAGCUCAGUUUGCUGGAUCAGUUGUCUACACAUGGGCCAUCAAAUUGGACGGAGGUUGCCAAACGGUCCAAAGUCAGUCCUGAAGAAUGUGCAAACCACUAUAACAAGUGGUACCUUGAAGACCCAGUGGAACCUCUACCAAGACCGAAAAGUCCAGAGAGACUGUACAGGCCUCAGCCUAUCGUGUAUAGAACCGGAACUCACGACCCCCCUAGGCCUGUUCCUGGAUCAGUUUACCACAGAGACAUGGCCGGUUACUGUGCUGCCCGAGGAGAUUUCCAAGUGGAAGCCUUCCAGAAUGCAGAAUUUGACGUGGCGUCGCUACAGGAUGAAACGAAACCCGAUCCCGACGAAGAAAUCGACCAAGAGGCUUUAGAACUCGAACGUGCACUGGCCGUGGCCGUGGUGCAAGUGUACAACGACAAGUUGCGCGAGAGAUUUCGAAAGAAACGCAUCGUCCAGGAACACGGGUUGAUCAAUUUUCAUCGUCAUUUGGCGGCUCGUUAUCGCUACGACUCUACGCUGACACAUCGCAUUUGUGAGCGUCUCUCGGUGUUUUCCCAGGUGUUCAAAUUUCAAGACCAUUGCAGUCUCUUUGAAGGCUUGCACGGCCACGUCGAGUUGCGGCAGCGAAUCCAGCAGCUGCAAAGGUACCGCCACUUGGGGAUCAAGACUCUGGCGUCGGCCAAAAUCUACACGCAGCUACAGGCUCGCCGUGAGAAGCACAUGAAGCAGUGGAAGCAGUUUUCGGCCAACCUUCACGUGGCGUUCCCCGUCCAGCAGCAGCACCAACAGUUGGUGGCCUCAGCCCUGCUUCAAGGAAGCAACGGCAACGUUCUAGUCAGCCCGGCUGGCCCUUUCCCACAGCAGCGGAGGAGCGCACCGCCGCUGGACAUUGUCGGUCUGCCCGGUUACGACAAAUUGAACGAAGGCGAACGUCAGUUGUGCUCCGUUUCACGUCUCGUUCCCGAGUCGUACAUGGAAUUUCGAAACAUUCUCAUCGCCGAGUGCCGCAACCGCAAAGGCAUUCGACUGGCUCAGGCCAGGACGUUGAUCAAGAUUGAUGUGAACAAGACGCGCAAGAUCUUUGAUUUCCUCCUAGAAGAGAAACUAAUCUACUUCCCCGCUUGAUUUAUGGCACCACUUGUUAUAAUAAUGUUUUGUACAGGGGGCAGAGAGACUGAGAGAGAGGGGAAGAGGAGAUGAGCAAUAAACUUGCGUUAUACAGUCAA